AUGAUCAGUGCCAAUCUGUCAGGACCGAUGGGGCAACCCCAACUCCCUCAACUCUCCUCGGGCAUUCCCCAGGGCAUGGGCGGAUCUACUGGUCCUCAUGGGUCAAAUAGCGUCAUUAUUCCCACGCCCUACACACCCAAUACCCCCAGCACGCCACUGCAUGAACGGGACAGUGGCAUCCCUCGUCCUCAGUUGCAGUAAGUGACUUCCUUUUUUUGGUUGUCAGCAGUUUUUGCAAAGUGUGGUAGUAAUUAAUGCCACAUUCAGACCUAACUGAACGACUACUAACAGUGUUCGCGUGUAUAUGGUGUUCUUACUGCAGAAUAAAGACAGCUAAUUGGUGUUUCGAAGGAGACACUCAAUAAUGGCCAUUUCCAGCUUCUUUACCAUCGCCAAGCAAUGUAAUUUAAUCUUUGCUGCCUAUUUAGUUUAUUUGGUAAGGAUAAUAGGCAAAAACUUUCAAAACCCUAUUGAUUACAUGUCAGCUCGUUAGAAAUUACUGGAUUCUUGACCAUAACGGGAUUCUUGUCCAUAUUUUUUCGGUCUUACGCUAUGUUAGAUAUGGCAAGCGGUAGAACGAGCCUGAAGAACACAACACCUUUGACUUUUGGUUGUUGUUAUGUGUAAAUUAAAUGUGUUAGUCCUCCCGUGGGUUUAUUUUCCAGUCUUCGCGUUUUGCUAGCCGGUGCUUUGGGGCCACGGCAAGGCUUGAGGGUUAAGAGACAAGGCGCUAAGACCGCCGAAUCUUCUCUUUUAUUUACCAUACACUGCUUCCAUUAAUCUACACAAACUGGCUUAUCAUUGCUUUGAUUCCCGCAGCUCAUACCGUUUCUGUAAAAGCCCAAUCUUAAUGAGUAUGCAUUCUAUUAGGGGUUUCCUGUUGAUCAUUGCGUCUUAUAGCUGCCAGUUGUCUUUUCCCAUAGAUGCCGCAUUAUAGUCAAAUAAUUGUCAUAUGCGUACUUUGGUGUCUCCUGCGUAAUACGCAUGCCCAGCUGGAGGAUGGAAUGGUUCUUUCAAAAUACAAAAUGAGCGACGAUAGAAAGAUUCCCAUCUAUGCUUCCUUAAGCCAUAGGAUCUUAUAGAGGGCUCGAUGGCGUUUACUCUCCUUUUCCUUGUUAGUUUCACCAACUUUACUCCUAGUGAUAUAUUGCCUCCCUUUCAGAAACAUUGUCUGCACUGUAUACUUGGGUUGCAAGCUGGACCUUAAGCAAAUUGCUCUCAAAGCCCGAAAUGCUGAAUACAACCCCAAGCGUUUUGCUGCUGUUAUCAUGCGAAUUCGGGAGCCCAGGACCACUGCACUCAUCUUCUCUUCAGGCAAGAUGGUCUGCACUGGAGCAAAGAGCGAGGAACAAGCUCGUUUAGCAGCCAGAAAAUACGCCCGAAUUGUACAAAAACUAGGCUUCGAGGUGAGUUUUCUUUCAGUCCCGGUACUACUUUAUGGGUCCCCUCUUCCGGCCUCCCGUGGGCCUUUUUCAUCGCCGGCCGGCUAGCCGUUUUUCUAUGUUUGCUGGCUUAUGCAACUUACGCAUACAAACUUUCAUAAUAGAGAAGUUUGGCUGAAAGACCAAGAGAUCUUCGGCCAGCCAUACUUUAAUGCCAGGCCCUGGGAUACCUGGGGUUGGGCCUGGAUUCAGGGAAUUAUGGAACCGGAUGCUCCACCAGUUGGACCACGAGCUUACUAUGCAGACUACGAUAGAGAUUGUUCAAAGCCACGUGGAAGUGCCACUUGCCCUGCUGGCCUGCGUGCCUUCCUGGGAUCAGACCAAAUUGGUGAACACAAGUCCCACAUAACUGACUAUUUCUGAUCACAGCUGACGGACCGUGCCCAUGCGGAUGAACUUGUAUAAUGCUAAGAUCAGUCACAAAGUGGACUCUGGUUCAAACAGCAGAUCUUCCCGGCCAGAUGUUGCAAUAACUGCCUGUUGAGAUAAAAUAACCCAGAAAAUGCUGUUCGAAUCUUUCUUGUCUGUAAUUCUAAAACCUCUUGAUUGGUAAUCGCUCGUCGCCGUGCAGCCGUCUUCAAAAGGUCUAGAAUAGGCAUUUGAGACAAGACAGAAUCACUUUAUUCCUUCCUACAACUAGGCCAGAUUGACGCGUGGCAUUCCUGCGUAACUUCAAACGCGUUUUUUAAAUGUGAAGAGUAUAGUACCGCAUGACCUAAAUAUAUUUCUUGCAUUAACCGUCCUUUCUGACACAUAGGUUCAUAAUAUCGCACUUAGGUAAAACGCAGUCUCUUCUGAAUUUUCUGUAUUUGAUCUCUGGAUGGGUAGUGCCCAUAGAUGCUCUCGGGAACACCAUCGUCUGCAAAAUACCAGUUAAUUUCUCUAGCUUUGCCCAUGGUUUGUCUUUCGCAAAGUUUUGACAACUUGCAAGUUGUAUCUACAGGAGUCCUCUGACUACUGAUAACUUUUGCUUUUCGUAAAGCGUCAUCAUUAUCUUUAAAUGACCACUUUUAAGGCACACUUUAAGGAGUUCAAAAUCCAAAACAUGGUCGGGUCCUGCGACGUCCGGUUCCACAUACGCCUUGAAGGCCUCGGUGUGUCUCAUGAAGAAUUCGUGACGUAUGUGCUUUAUUUACCUAUUUUUUACAUUGUUCCAACCUGACUUGACCGCUUAGCAGUAAUUGUUCUUCAUGUUACAUGUUUGGUCGGUGGUACUCUCGACCGUAUUUACUUCUAGAGAAGGAUUAGGAGGCAAACGAAAACAAGUACUCAAAGUAGAAAUUGCAAUUCGAAAUCGGAGACCUUUUGCUUGAAUGCCAAGUUGUACACCUUCCGUUUUCUUACACUGGUUAAUUAUAUUAUUUUUAAUAGAAGCGAAAUGGCAAUGUAUAUUAUUUUUGCUGUUUUUCCUUAUUUAGCUAUGAACCGGAAAUCUUUCCUGGCCUCAUAUACCGCAUGACCAAACCCAAAAUUGUCAUCCUUAUAUUUGUCUCGGGCAAAAUCGUACUCACCGGUAGGUGUUCCUCCCCAAUCCCACCAUCUGCAUUGUUUGUUACUAGAGAAAAUUCUGAAAUAUAUACUUUUAUGGUGUCGACGCUCACGCUCAUUCCUUUGAGUCUCAACCUUAGGUUAAGGUCGUUGCAGGGACCGCUAAUUUCGCAGUCACACUGUAAUUUCUGCAGCAGAAUCCCGAAAAUCGCAUUUGGCAUCUAAAAGAGCAAUGUUUUCGUUCAUGCUCACUACUGUGCAAGUUGGAAGUUGUCUGAGAUUAAACAUUCGACAGUAACCCAUCAAAAGCUGCAAAUUCACAUUCCCUGGCUUAUGAAAUCAGUAAGAAGCUGUCCAAAAUAGCAUGUCCAACGAUGGACCGGCUGGGGUGGUCGUUGUUUCGUAGGAAACAGGUCUGUGUGUGAGGGUAACUUACGUGGACGUUGUCGCGCCUACUGGCAGAAAUUGCUCUGAUAGGCGUCACGGGCACUCAACAAGUCCCCUUAUAACCCACCUGUAGUCUGAAAACCCGGUCGAGGCCCGACCCGUCAGAUAGCAAUUGCAUGGGAUGGCUCAGAUGGUUUCCUGUGCUGCGAAGUGGUUGUUUUUUCGAGUCCGAUAAAAGAACAUUUGCGGACCAUGCAGCGAUAAUACAUAGUGCAGACGUGAGUGGGCACCGGCCUGACAAAUGCAGUUCCAAGAUCACAAGUCACGACAAAAUUACGACACAAGUGUCGCCUGCCAUUCAAGAGGGCUUCGCCCGCUGUUCGAGACAGUUUUGGAACCUUAAUCAGGUCUAGAAGAGGGGUGAAUGGAGACGUCCAGCAUAGAAUCCAGGAAUCACAGGGAACCAUUUGAACGGUCUUGUGCAACCGCCAUCGGACGGUUCAGGACUGGACGGAGUUUUGGGACUACCGAGAAGGCUACGAUCUAUGGACUUUGGUUUGACUUGCCUAGUGCCCGUGACGCCUAUAGGAACCACUUCUGCCCAGCAACGACGAUAACAGCAACAUCCAUCAAGUCAUGGCGGCGAAAGCGUUCUGAUACCAUUUCUGUGUUAGGAAACUUAUUUUUACAUCAAUACUAAAGGCAUUGAUGUAGGCGAUAAUUACAGCCUUAAAAAAAUCAAGCUGUUCGAGCUAUAUCCCGAUGAAUUCGAACGAAUAUCCUGUAAAAGUAGUCAACAAGGUUCACGUAGUUGAGCUAAAGCCGCUGCGGGAUUAUUGAGUACCGCAUCGGACUUUGAAGACGUAUAUUGUCUUAGCAUACCUUGACCUUCGACUAUUGAGCAAUGGACCCUUGUCUGUUCCUCCUCAUGUCGCUUGAACGUAUUUCACUUAAACGCGCUUUCCCCAUUCGCUAACUCAACGGCAGGUUGGGACUAAAAAGCCAUGGCGGUAUUUUUUUUAACGUCGACAAAUAUUACUUCUUUCCGGGAUGUUCACUUUUCAUUGUAUACGGGAUCUAAUUGCCUUACCUUUUACAUCGUUUAUCAUUAAGUGUACUUUCUUUUGUGAGAAAAGCCGUCUUGUUUGUUGCAGUUCGGUCGAGAUUUUAAGAAACCCUAAGCACCAGACCUCUGUCUGCAACUGUUCACGUUGACCUCAUUCUUUGGAACGUCGGCGAAAGAUGGCCAAGCCUAGGUAAACUCUGCUAGGUCCAUCUUUCAGGCAAGUUAAGCGUGAGCACAAGUAGUCCGACGCAACAGUGGGGCUUUGUCUCUAAAAUGUUCAUUUAACAUCGCCUCCGCGUUCCGUUCUACGUGACGGUCCGGGAAAUAAGUCGUUUGUCCGGUACAGAUUUGAUCUGAGUCCCGAGGAUCGAUUCAUCUGGGAAUGCCGUCGACCAUAGUCCCUGGCUUAGAAGGUCGAAAUUCCUGACCCACAAAGUGGUAAUUCGUAGACUUGGACAUUGGGCGGUUUUACGACCGAGUUUCGCUGCGUGGAUAGUUUAUCCUUUAAGUUCGGAUUUGUUACCUGGGCACUGCAGCAAGAUAGAAAUGUUUUGUAGACUUUUCUAUUCAAGAUAGUUUUAUCCAGAUAUCUUGUUCAAUACCUCUGGAUCAAGGAUGUUGCUGACUUAUAGUUAUUUGAAUGUCGUAUUUUCAGGCACUCGACCUAAACAAAGGAUUGUUCAAAAGUACUAUACCUUGCCGUAGCGUGUUUAAAACUAUGUUGUUUGGAAUGCCUUAAGGAACAACUGGACAGCUCAUUAGCGAACAGGACAGUUUGAAACAUCAGAUGAUGGCGGGUGUCCCAAGGCAUUUUUAGGCUCAGUUUUAGCCGCUCUAGUGUGAAAUCUACUCCGAAAAUGGGCCUGACAAACGGCUAAAAGACUUUUGAGGUAUUGCUGAUUGGAGUAUUUUUUGGCAAGGGGAGUGGAUUAGACGCUUAUUUAGCUUAUUUUCAUCCGGUCUCACGUCUAAAUAUGUGCCCGAUUAUCUUAAAGAAGCUGUUAAACAUAUUGACUGGGGUCUAUCAUGUUUAUGUUUUGGUGGAUUCUUUGAACUGUGGGUCAGGCUAUAAGCACCAUCAUUACUCCAUAACGACCAUCCUCAAGGAGGUUGAUAAUGUGAAAUUCUCUCUCCUCCUCGCUUCCCUUUUCAGGCGCUAAAGUCCGCGAGGAAAUCUACGAAGCCUUUGACAACAUUUAUCCCAUCCUUAAGAGCCUGAUGAAGGUCGACAAGCCCAAGGGGCUGACAUCCGUCCACUCCGUCGCGUCCGCCGACGUAGACUGA